UGUUCAACCACGUCAUGCCUCAAGCAACUGCACCUAUCAAGGUUAGAAUAGCGCUCUUAGAUCCCCGUCUGCCACCAUCUCUCAAUAAACGCCUUCUAUAGUGUAGCAUUGCAACUUGCAAUACAUCUUAUUUCGAGCAGUGAUCAUUGUCGUGAGCAAUUUCUUUGUCCACGUUGCUUUUAGACCUGCUAUUAUUUAUCCGUUGAAGGACUGCACGGGGCAUCUCUGCCUAAGACAUGUUUGCAUGCGGGUCUUUGUUAUCACUACAUUUCUCUCUGCAGAAGAAGACGAAGCCCUGCAAGAACACUUCAGGAAGAUUCGGCUCUUUGCGGGAGUGAAUGAAGGUGACUCGCAUUCACGGCAAUGCGGAGAAUCCAGGAGCGAGAUAAGGGUAGACCGAUCAAUUGAGUAAGAAAUUAUAAACGCGAGUGGGUGUUUAUUGAUUGAUCAGCAUUUUAUAUCAGGGCAGUUUCUUCACUUGAUGUGUAUGCAUGAGUCCUGCACCGAAUGGGCGCAAAAACCGCCCCAGAACUGCCGGGACCAGUUUCCAGAUCGGCAAUAAGCCCCUGGCGCGCAGAGAGUCGGAGCGCAGGGAGAGCAGCGAAGCGCUCCGCGCCGCAGCGGACUGCAGAAUGGUUGUCCAGGAGUUCAAUACACUUGUGGCCCUCUAUAGGGAGAUGGUUAUCUCUAUUGGAGAGAUUUCUGCGGAUUGUCCCUCUCUUCGUGCUGAAAUGCAAAAGACACGCACGAAAGGGUGUGAGAUAGCAAGGACUGCACAUCAAAACCUCUCUGCAAUAUCAGGCUCAGAGGAUGGAGAAAUACAUCCGGAAAUCUGCCGUCUCUUCAUCCAGCUGCAGUGCUGUUUGGAAAUGUACCUGACGGAAAUGCUUAAGUCAGUGUGCCUGCUGGGAUCCCUGCAGCUCCACAGGAAAGGAAAACAAUAUUCAGGGGCAACAAAGGGGGACAGUAAGAAAGAGGACAGCUCUAACAUCCCCAUCUUUGAAGACACUUCCUCCACUCCACCAGACUGUUCGCAGACCUUCUUCCUGGUGGCCACAGACAUGGAGAACAUCGAGAGGGACAUGACAGAAAUGAAAAAUCUGCUUAGCAAACUCAGGGAGACGAUGCCUUUACCACUAAAGAACCAAGAUGACAGCAGUUUGUUGAAUCUGACGCCAUACCCCUUGGGCAGGCAGAGAAAGAGGCGUUUCUUUGGUCUCUGUUGUCUGGUGUCUAGCUGAAAGCUCUCUCCCAGAAUCCAGUCACAAAUAACUGCAUUUCCUCACAAUGUGUGAUACUCACCAAUCAACAGUACUACUGCCAUUUCCCAAAUCAGUGCUUUCUUUUGGUGAGUUCUGUCCAAUUUCUUACUGCUAUGAGAAUAAAUAGUAAUAUCUUUGUAACAUCAGUAGUGAUAAAAAUAUAUAUGAUCAAUACAACAGAUUUUUAAUUUUUAAGUGAAUGUAUGUUCGUCCACAUUAUGUGUUGUAAAGAGAAUGGUUUCUAGUAUGAACAACUACUAUGUGUGUCCUGUUCCAUUGCUUUUGCGGAGUAUGACACAAGCCAGUUUCUAUUGCAUUAUCACAAUUAAUGUGCUGUGCUUUAUUGUCAGGGGUUGUAAUGAGGAGUACAAGACUGCAAAUUAGAACAGAGGUUACAAUAGUUACUUUAUGACAUAUGUAACAAUUUUGAUGCUAAACAUUUUUUAUGCUCAAUUUGCAUUAACUUAACACAAAACAAUACAGCACAACAUGAGUGAAUGUGGUUUCUGUUGAUUUCUUUGAUCUGAUUUGUGUGCGUGCGUGCAUGCGUUCGUGCUGUUUCCAUGUUUUUAUUACUGUAUUAUUUAGUCUUCCAUAAACCGAAAAUCCUGUAACUUUUUUCUGUUUGAUUCAGCCUUUAGGAGAAUACAAUACCUGAAGAAGCCUUUGUAAAUAAAGAAUAUAUCUAUUAAUGUAAAAUUUUAGAGAUGUACAUAUACAAUGUAAACCUAGCGCUGAAUUAUUUGACAAAACUGGUUCUUUGAAAGAGAUUGUUAGUGAAGGGUGGCAUGUCUAUCCAUCUGGUGUGAUAUAUGUCCAGAUUGGAGGGGCUCAGCAUGGGUCUUGCUUAUUAAUAACAGUUCUAAACAAGGCCGUAAUCAUGUCUUGAACAUUGGGGAGGACCAAACCAUUUUGGGGGUGGGGGGUCACGGGUGUUGAGGUCACAAAUGUAAUUAUUUAAUCAAAUUAUAAUUUUCUGAAUAAAGGCUUUAAAUGCGUUUACGUUUUUUAAUGCGACCAAAAUGUUAUAAUUUUUGGUUUUAAUAGAUUUAAAAGUUUUUUUUAUUUUUAUUUUUAGUUCACACAGUACAAGACAAACACUGUGUCUGCAUUGCUAGCAAUUUGCCUGUUUCAGACAUCUUUUGGUUUCUUUUUUGUGCUGUAUCAAAGAAAAGACAAAUAUAAUUUGAAUUUCUUUUCAUCACUGAUGUAUCUGUAAAAUUACACGACUGUCAGCUGGCUAGCAAAAAGAAAAUACAAAAUUAUUUACUGUCCUCAAGUUAUGCCUCAGUGUGCUGUACAAAAUUUAGAAUUAAAGACAAAGUCUUUAAGAAAAUCUUAAAUUGAUUGUUAAUGAUUACCAAAUAAUAUUUGCACGAAAAAUAUUACACUGUCUUGCCUCAACCUAAAAACUCAAUGGAAGCCACAGGUCUUACCAUGUUCUAGUUCUGAUCUGGGUGAUAACGCUCUACUCAUUUUCUUUGACAAUGUCAAGAGAAUUUUCUAAAAAGCUCCUUCAAAAACCUCCCAGAUUACCACAUUCAUUCAAUUCCUUACAAUAUACACACAUACAUGCUUUAUCUUUAGCCUGACAUGCUGAAAACUGCUCCAUUAAUGUUUUCACAUUCAAAAUUAUGAAUGACAUACGAAUCACGUACUGUACCUGACAUUUUAAAUUCAAUACAGCGAAUUUCACCAAAUGGUGAAUAGUUUGCACCCUUGGAAAUUAAUGUCGGACGGUACAACAUUUCAAUCAUAAAACAGUGGUCAAAUAUUGCAUGUUUAGUAAGAUACUUACAUUUCACAUGACACUAACACUCUUAACCUGAACUGCUGACACUGAUGCGUGCCUGCUGUGUGGUGCUGGAAUAAUCCACGAGGUUCCCACUCAAUUGGGGAGGGGGGGGGCAAUCUGGCCAUUUCUGCUGAUUGGGGUGGACUUGUCCCCCUCAAUGUUUAUUGUGGUUACGGCCCUGGUUCUAAAUGUGUCAGGCAUAGCACAUAUAAUGUAAUUUAUGAAAAGGUGCAGUUUCAAUUCACAUUUGUAAUAAAUCUUUUUUUUAAUGAUUUAACAGAACUGGCGGUUUGUCUUUGUU